UUCGUCAUCAAGACGAUCAACAAGAUCUCGCCCGCGGGCCUCGCGCGCUUCGGCGGCGACAAGUACACGAUCACGCCGUCCGAGGAGAACCCCGAGAUCGCGCACGCAAUCAUGCUCCGGAGCCACAAGAUGCAGGACUCGGACGUGCCCCUCACGACCCGCGCCAUCGCCCGGUGCGGCGCGGGCACGAACAACUGCAACGUGCCGCGGAUGACGGAGCUGGGCGUGCCCGUCUUCAACACGCCCGGCGCGAACGCCAACGCCGUCAAGGAGCUCGUGCUCUGCGGCCUCUUCAUGGCGUCGCGCGGCGUCUACGAGGGCGCGGCGCACAUGAAGCAGCUCCACGAGGAGGGCACGGCCCACGAGCGCAUCGAGAAGGACAAGGCCCUGUUUGGGGGCCGCGAGCUCGAGGGCAAGACCCUGGGCGUCGUCGGCCUCGGCGCCAUCGGCGCGGCCGUCGCGCACUCGGCGAUCGCGCUCGGCAUGGACGUCGUCGGCUACGACCCGGCUUUGUCCGUCGAGGGCGCGCUGCGCCUCCCGGGCAGCGACAUGGCCAUGGCGGAUUUGGAGGAGCUCUGCUCCAAGGCGGACUACGUGUCGCUCCACGCGCCCUACAUCAAGGACGUCACGCACCACCUGCUGUCGGCCGAGUUGAUCGGCAAGCUGAAGCCCGACGCGUCGAUCCUCAACUUCGCGCGCGGCGAGCUCGUCGACGAGGCGGCGCUGGCGGCGCGCUACGACGCCGGCGGCGGCGGCCGCUACAUCUGCGACUUCGCCGUCGGGCCCGAGCUCUGGCCGCGGCCGAACGUCGUGUCGAUCCCGCACCUCGGCGCGUCGACGGAGGAGGCCGAGGAGAACGCGGCGGCCAUGGCCGCGGACACGAUCCAGCUCUUCCUCGAGACGGGCACGAUCCGCGACUCCGUCAACUUCCCCGCGUGCGCCUUGCCGCCGCGCAUGGAGUCCGUGAACCGCGUCUGCGUCGUCACGGAGAACAAGCCGGGCAUGCUCGGCGAGCUCAUGUCCGUCUUCGGCGAGGGCGGCCUCAACAUCCUCCAGCAGGUGAACAUGUCCCGCGGCGACAUCGCCUACAACGUCAUCGACCUG